AUGCACACCCAUGCCCGCGUGUUCAGCAAAGAUGAAGAGCUGGGCAAGCGGGACGAUGACUUUAAGUCGAAGCGACUGUCGGCCUCGAACAGCUUUUCACAGCCUUGGCGAUGGAGGAAGAGGAGGUUGUUCUCCAUAGUUGCCAUUGCGGCGUUGCUGUAUUUGGCAUAUAUACAUCUGGCUGGCAACAUUGGAUCCGUUCGUCGGAGGAGGUCUGCUCCAUCUGCUUUGAGGUCGGGAGGGAUUGGUGGUGGCGUGAAGCUUGAGCCUACUGGAGCACCACCUCGGCCAGUGGUAUCUGCGGACGACGAGGAGAGCAGCAAGCAUUACUUCGAUGGCCAGAUCAAGUUCUACCGGCUCGCAGCUACUCUGCACGAAAUCACGAGGACAAUGGGAAGCAGACCGCAAAACCGGAACGUGCUAUACGCGGUCUCAUCCCUUCAUAGUGCAGCGAAUCUGAUUCCGAUGGCUUGCGAGAUGGCAAAGUGGGACAGGAAUUACGUGCAUAUUGCUUUCCUCGGACGUGACUCUCUGCCGCUAGAUGACAUCCUGGAAGUCAACAGCGUGGACAGGAACGAAUGUUCCGUGUUUUUUCAUGAUGCAAGAGGCGACUACAAUGAGUACAGUACUGACAAACGUGCUGAGGUCGCAGUGGCUGGCGCUAUGAAACAUAUCAAUGACUUCAUGCAUCCCCAAGCUAUCAUCAUGGACGACAGUAAGGUGGAAGACAAGUUCUUCACCAGGGCAAUUCGUGGCAAGGCUAUGGAGAUGGACCGACCACUGAUUGAGGUGCCAACUGGACGUUAUGAGGAAUUUCUUUGGAUGACACGACUGGACGCUGGUAGUUUGAGUAAUUGGUUCAAGCCGACGAUUGAGAUCCUUGUUCAUGCGCCGUCAGAUAGUGCUGGAGGAUUGAUUAGACUUAUCCGAAGUCUGGAGGGCGCGGAGUACUCUGGCUUUGCAAUACCGAAGCUCACUGUGGAGCUUCCCUCGACUAUUGAGCCGUUCGCCAAAAGGUAUUUGGAGCGCUUGGCUUGGCCACCUGGCAGGGAGGAAGAGCCGUGGCAGAGCAGCUUGCUAUCUCUGCGCCAUCGGAUUCCGGCUGCACAUCUUGACUCCGAGCAGGCCUCUGUACGCUUUGUAGAGUCUUUCUACCCUUCGAAUCGCGAGAACAACCAUGUUCUGGUCCUCUCCACUCAGGCAGACGUCGGACCACUGUUCAUGCAGUAUCUCAUGUAUGCAAUACUGGAGUACAAGUACUCCACAUACGGCGCAUGGGAAGCAGUUGAUCUACUCGGAGUAUCACUCGACGUCCCAUCCACUUUCCUGAACGCCAGUACGGAUUUUGUGCCACCUCGUGUCCACGACAUGAGCGCAGGAAAAUACACGAACGCGAAGGCGUACAAUCAAGCAGACGAGACGUCUUUCCUGUACCAAGCUCCUUCAGCCGCUGCGAGCCUCAUCUUUGGCGACAAGUGGUCGAUAUUCCACGACUUCCUAGCGAAAAGGCUGACGGCUAGUCGCUUGGGCACGGCUGAGAAGAAAGCUAAGCUGAUCCCAGAGUCAGAGCCAGCGUGGCUGGAGUACCUUCUUGAGCUCAUGCGAGCACGAGGUUGGAGUAUGCUGCAUCCCUCUGUGCCAUUUGUGACUGUGCACAACGAGCUUGCGCAGCUCCCAGAGGAGUUUAUGCGUGCAGAGGAUGAGGCGAAGGCCACGAAGGCCACUGGUGAAACGAGGGAUACCACGAAUGAGCCUUUCCUGACCGCCACCGAGACGCCUGCUAUUGCCGAGCAUACUGAACGUCAGACCCCAGACUAUCAGCCGCUGCACCAUACCCUGGCCUUCGAAGGCGAUCUGCCUGAGCUCUCACAUCUACCAUACCUUUCACAUGAAGGGAAGCUAGUUGACAUCGCGACCAUGAUGAAAGCGAAAGAAGACGUCAUACUAUCAUUCAGAAGGCAGAUUGGUGGAUGCCAAGACAAGGCCUCUUUUGGCAACCAUCUUGUGCCCGAUGAGACCAGAACGGACGAUCUGUUCUGCUUGCCUGGUAAGGAGGCUGAGUCGGAGGAGGGAAUUGAAUUGGAGGAGGUCUCGGCAGAGGAGCUGGCGCAUGAGGGUAUUGCUCAGACUACGCCCACCGACGAGGACGAUGAUGACGAUACUACCGAAGCUGAAGUUGCGAUGGAUGUGGCGAAGAGCAUUCCUGCAGCGAUAGCGAAGCCGCAGCGGACGAAGUUGGCGGGCAGUGGCGAUGCUGUUGGGUGA